GUUUCUUCUAGGAUGGUACUUAGCAGCAGCAGAGCCGGCGAGGGGGAUGCCGCCAGGAGGGUCUACCAGUAGGGGGAGAGCGCGAGGGAGCAGGGAUUCCAGUCAGUUUACCUGCAGCUAGGAGCAGGAACUCCACCUCCCCGAGAGUCGCAUUCUGAGGAGGCCCAUUGUGUCUCCCACCCCCACAGCAGCGAGCCUGGAGCCGAGCGCAGGAUCUGCACACUUACUAGCCACCAGCUCCAUCUGUUUAUCAGCUCCGGAGGAGACCAUGACCGAAGGAGGAGAAGGAGAGGACGAGAUUCAGUUCUUGCGAACUGAUGAUGAAGUCGUGCUGCAAUGUACAGCCACCGUACAGAAGGAGCAGCAGAAACUCUGCCUUGCAGCUGAGGGAUUCGGCAACAGACUUUGUUUCUUAGAAUCUACUUCAAAUUCCAAGAAUGUCCCACCUGAUCUUUCUAUCUGCACCUUUGUCCUGGAGCAGUCCCUUUCUGUGCGGGCCCUUCAGGAGAUGUUGGCAAACACAGAAGAAAAAGCUGAAGGGCCAGUUGAUGUGGAAAAAUGGAAGUUUAUGAUGAAGACUGCUCAAGGUGGUGGCCAUCGGACCCUACUUUACGGCCAUGCUAUACUUCUGCGACAUUCUUACAGUGGAAUGUAUCUUUGCUGUUUGUCAACAUCACGGUCAUCAACAGACAAGUUGGCAUUUGACGUUGGUUUGCAAGAUGACACCACAGGUGAAGCCUGUUGGUGGACCAUACAUCCUGCUUCCAAACAGCGGUCUGAGGGGGAGAAGGUGCGAGUAGGUGAUGAUCUCAUUCUGGUCAGUGUUUCAUCAGAGCGGUACUUGCAUAUAUCUUAUGGCAAUGGAAGCUUACAUGUAGAUGCAGCAUUUCAGCAAACCCUUUGGAGUGUAGCCCCUAUUUGUUCGGGAAGUGAAGUAGCACAAGGUUAUCUAAUAGGAGGUGAUGUGUUAAGGCUGCUGCAUGGCCAUAUGGAUGAGUGCCUGACUGUCCCUUCAGGAGAACAUGGAGAAGAGCAGCGAAGGUCUGUCCAUUAUGAAGGUGGGGCUGUAUCUAUUCAUGCACGAUCGCUCUGGAGGCUAGAAACCCUGCGAGUUGCGUGGAGUGGAAGUCAUAUCCGAUGGGGUCAGCCCUUCCGGCUAAGACAUGUCACAACAGGAAAGUAUCUAAGCCUCAUGGAUGACAAGAGUCUUCUUCUCAUGGAUAAAGAGAAGGCUGAUGUGAAAUCAACAGCAUUCUGCUUCCGAUCAUCCAAGGAAAAACUGGACAUGGGAUUAAGGAAAGAAGGAGAAGGAAUGGGUGCUCCAGAGAUAAAAUAUGGAGAUUCUAUGUGCUACAUACAGCAUGUAGAUACAUACCUGUGGCUCACCUACCAGUCAGUGGAUGCAAAGUCAGCACGGAUGGGAUCAGUGCAGAGGAAGGCAAUAAUGCAUCAUGAAGGACAUAUGGAUGAUGGUUUGAGUUUGUCCAGAUCCCAACAUGAGGAAUCCCGGACAGCACGGGUCAUCCGCAGUACAGUCUUCCUUUUCAACAGAUUUAUAAGGGGCCUUGAUGCUCUCAGCAAGAAAGGAAAAUCUGCAGCAAUUAGUCUACCAAUAGAAUCAGUCAUCCUGAGCCUGCAGGAUCUGAUUGGCUAUUUCCAACCACCACAUGAUCAUUUGGAACAUGAAGACAAGCAGAAUAGACUGCGAGCUUUAAAGAACCGUCAGAAUCUCUUCCAAGAAGAGGGAAUGAUUAACCUUGUUCUUGAAUGCAUCGACCGACUACAUGUCUAUAGCAGCGCUGCUCAUUUUGCUGAUGAUGCCGGAAAAGAAGGCGGAGAGGCCUGGAAAUCCAUUCUUAACUCCUUGUAUGAGUUACUUGCUGCCUUGAUUAGAGGGAAUCGGAAAAACUGUGCUCAAUUUUCUGGCUCACUGGAUUGGCUGAUCAGCAGAUUAGAGAGACUGGAAGCCUCCUCUGGUAUCCUAGAAGUGUUACACUGUGUACUUGUAGAAAGUCCUGAAGCACUCAAUAUUAUUAAAGAAGGGCACAUCAAAUCCAUCAUCUCCCUUUUGGACAAGCAUGGGAGAAAUCACAAGGUGCUAGAUGUUUUAUGUUCACUGUGUGUCUGCCAUGGAGUAGCUGUACGGUCCAACCAGCAUCUAAUCUGUGACAACCUCCUACCAGGUCGAGAUCUACUUUUACAGACACGACUUGUUAACCAUGUCAGCAGUAUGCGACCAAAUAUUUUCCUGGGUAUCAGUGAAGGCUCUGCACAGUACAGGAAAUGGUACUAUGAGCUGAUAGUCGAUCAUGUUUUGCCUUUUGUAACAGCAGAAGCUACACAUCUUCGUGUAGGCUGGGCUUCCACUGAUGGCUACACUCCUUAUCCUGGCGGAGGGGAAGGAUGGGGAGGCAAUGGUGUCGGAGACGAUCUCUACUCCUAUGGAUUUGACGGCUUGCACUUAUGGUCAGGUUGUAUAGCACGGACAGUAAGCUCACCAAAUCAACAUCUACUGAGAGCCGAUGAUGUGGUCAGCUGUUGCCUUGACUUGAGUGCUCCAAGCAUAUCUUUCCGAAUUAACGGACAGCCGGUUCAAGGCAUGUUUGAGAAUUUCAAUACAGAUGGCCUCUUCUCCCCUACUGUCAGCUUCUCUGCAGGAGUGAAAGUCAGGUUCCUGCUAGGAGGCCGUCAUGGGGAAUUCAAGUUUCUCCCACCUCCUGGAUAUGCCCCCUGUUAUGAAGCACUUCUACCAAAGGAAAAGAUGCGUGUUGAGCACAGCAAGGAAUAUAAGCAAGACUACAGUGGAAUGAGGGAUUUGCUGGGUCCUGCUGUUUCCCUCACACAAGCAGCAUUCACACCUAUGCCUGUGGACACUAGUCAGAUUGUCUUACCUCCUCUUCUGGAAAGAAUUCGAGAAAAACUUGCUGAGAACAUCCAUGAACUAUGGGUGAUGAACAAAAUUGAACUUGGGUGGACAUAUGGUCCGGUCCGAGAUGAUAAUAAGAGACAGCACCCAUGCUUAGUGGAAUUCUCAAAGCUGCCAGAACAGGAGCGAAACUAUAAUUUACAGAUGUCACUUGAGACACUAAAGACCCUGUUGGCAUUAGGAUGCCAUGUAGGAAUUGCUGAUGAACAUGCUGAGGACAAGGUGAAAAGACUCAAGCUUCCAGUGAACUACCAGCUGACAGGUAGUUACAAACCUGCUCCCAUGGACUUGAGCCAUAUCAAACUAACAGCUACACAGGAAGCCAUGGUGGAUAAACUGGCCGAAAAUGCUCACAAUGUCUGGGCCAGAGACCGUAUCCGGCAAGGAUGGACAUAUGGCAUCCAACAGGAUGUCAAAAACAGAAGAAACCCACGACUUGUUCCUUACACACUCCUGGAUGAGCGCACAAAGAAAUCCAACAAGGACAGCCUUAGGGAGGCAGUUCGCACACUUCUUGGUUAUGGUUAUAAUCUGGAAGCUCCAGACCAGGAUCACGCAGCAAAGUCAGAUGUGUCCUGUGCUGUAGCAGAGAAGUUCCGGAUCUUUCGUGCAGAGAAAACGUAUGCAGUGAAAACUGGGAAGUGGUAUUUUGAACUGGAGGUUGUGACUGCUGGAGACAUGAGGGUGGGCUGGACCAGACCUGGAAUUCGGCCUGAUCGGGAACUUGGAUCUGAUGACCAGUCAUUUGUCUUUGAUGGCUUCAAGGCACAGCGGUGGCACCAGGGUAAUGAGCACUUUGGACGUUCUUGGCAAGCAGGAGAUGUUGUGGGCUGCAUGGCGGACAUGAACGAACACACUAUUAUGUUCACAUUGAAUGGAGAAGUUCUUCUUGAUGACUCAGGUUCAGAACUUGCAUUCAAAGACUUUGAAGUUGGAGAUGGUUUUAUUCCAGUCUGUAGCUUGGGGCUGUCACAGAUUGCUAGGAUGAAUUUUGGAAAAGAUGUCAGCACUCUGAAAUUCUUCACUAUCUGUGGACUGCAGGAAGGGUAUGAGCCAUUUGCUGUGAAUAUGAACAGGGAUAUCACUGUUUGGUUAAGCAAGAGACUUCCUCAGUUUAUCUCUGUGCCACAGAACCAUGAACAUACUGAGGUCACAAGAAUAGAUGGUACUAUAGACAGUUCUCCUUGUUUAAAAGUCACUCAACGGUCCUUUGGAUCUCAGAACAGUAAUGUGGAUAUGUCUUUCUACCGGCUAAGUAUGCCCAUAGAGUGUGCCGAGGUAUUCUCAAAGUCCGCACUGAGCGCUUUGCCGAGCACCAACCUCUUCACUGCAAAGAGUGACCUUGACGAUUUUGAAGCAGAAUCUGAUUUUGAGGUUCUCAUGAAGACUGCACAUGGUCAUCUGACAUCCAGCAGUAUAGAAAAGGAGAAAGAAACUGCCAAACCCGAAUUCAACAAUCACAAAGAUUACACUCAAGAGAAACCUUCUCGUCUUAAACAAAGGUUCAUGCUGAGACGGACAAAGCCUGAUUACAGUGCUACUCACUCACCACGACUGACUGAGGAGGUUUUGGCAGAUGAAAGGGACAGUUCUGGCCACCUCAAACACACAUCAACGUAUUACUACUCUGUGAGAAUAUUCCCUGGCCAAGAACCUACAAAUGUCUGGGUUGGUUGGAUUACAUCUGACUUUCAUCAGUAUGACAUGGCUUUUGACCUGGAAAAAGUUCGAACUGUGACAGUUACACUUGGAGAUGAAAAAGGAAAGGUUCAUGAAAGCAUCAAACGCAGCAAUUGCUAUAUGGUAUGGGCUGGAGAGAGCAUGAGUCCUGGACAGGGCCGUAACAAUAAUGGCCUGGAGAUUGGAUGCACAGUAGAUACUGCCAGUGGUCUGUUGACUUUUACAUCAAAUGGCAAGGAACUGAGUACAUAUUAUCAGGUUGAACCAAGUACAAAACUGUUUCCUGCUGUAUUUGCCCAAGCUACGAGUCCUAAUGUUUUCCAGUUUGAACUGGGAAGGACAAAGAAUGCCAUGCCAUUGUCAGCGGGCCUUUUUAAAAGUGAACGGAAGAAUCCAGUCCCUCAGUGCCCUCCCAGACUUCAUGUUCAGUAUUUGACUCCUGUUCUGUGGAGCAGAGUACCAAAUUAUUUCUUGAAAGUAGAUAUAACACGGGUUAGUGAACGACACGGUUGGCUGGUAGAAUGUACAGAGCCUUUGCAGUUUAUGUCUCUUCACAUUCCAGAAGAAAACAGGUCUGUGGACAUUCUGGAGCUAACAGAAAAGGAGGACCUAUUGAAAUUUCAUUAUCACACUUUGCGACUGUAUUCAGCAGUCUGUGCUUUGGGAAACAACCGAGUUGCUCAUGCUCUGUGCAGCCAUGUGGAUGAAGCUCAGCUCUUGUCUGCCAUUGAGAACAAGUACAUGCCAGGCUUACUGCGUACAGGCUAUUAUGACCUGCUCAUUGAUAUUCACCUUAGCACUUAUGCCACUGCUAGGCUGAUGAUGAAUAGUGAAUUCAUUGUUCCAAUGACGGAAGAGACAAAGAGCAUCACACUGUUUCCAAAUGAGAAAAAGAAACACGGUCUCCCAGGAAUAGGACUUAGCACAUCACUGAGGCCUAGAAUGCAAUAUUGUACACCUAGCUUUGUGAUUACUAAUACAGAGUGCUUCCAGUAUAGUCCAGAAUUCCCACUGGAAAUAUUGAAGGCAAAAACAAUUGAGAUGUUGACUGAGGCAGUGCAAGAAGGCAGCCUCCAUGUUCGAGACCCAGUAGGUGGGAGCACUGAGUUUCUCUUUGUUCCCCUAAUUAAGUUGUUUUACACCCUACUUAUAAUGGGAGUUUUCCAAGAUGGAGAUCUGAAGCACAUUCUGCAGCUUAUAGAGCCCAGUGUUUUUAAAGAGAAUGGAGAUGAGGAGAUAGAGGUGGCAGAAAAAUACAGAAGCAUUGGGGAUACUAAAAGUGAUGGUGGUGAAGAGGAAGUAAAGACUGAACAGAUACCCAAAGAAGGACUCCUACAAAUGAAACUGCCUGAACCUGUCAAACUUCAGAUGUGCCACCUUCUUCAGUAUCUUUGUGACUGCCAAGUGCGCCACAGGAUUGAAGCCAUUGUUGCCUUCUCUGACGAAUUUGUGGCAAGGCUCCAAGAUAAUCAGCGAUUCCGAUAUAAUGAAGUGAUGCAGGCACUAAACAUGUCAGCUGCACUAACUGCAAAGAAGACAAAGGAAUUUCGUUCUCCACCUCAGGAGCAAAUAAACAUGCUCUUGAACUUCAAGGAUGUCAAACAUGAAUGCCCAUGUCCCGAACAGAUCCAGGAGCAGCUUCUAGAUUUUCAUGAAGACCUUAUGACACACUGUGGUAUUGAACUUGACGAAGAACGAAUAAAUGAGAGUGACAGCUGCUCUUCAAUCCGAGGACGACUCCUGAACCUUGUUGAAAAGGUUGCAUACCUUAAAAGAAAAACACAGUUGCCUACUGAAAAAAAAUCGAAGAAACCUUCUACUCUCCAGCAACUAAUUUCAGAAACAAUGGUACGCUGGGCCCAAGAAUCAGUAAUUGAAGAUCCUGAACUUGUGAGAGCCAUGUUUGUGUUGUUGCACAGGCAGUAUGAUGGCAUAGGAAGUCAAAUUCGUGCAUUACCAAAGACCUAUACAAUUAACGCAGUGUCAGUGGAAGACACAAUCAACCUCCUGGCUGCUCUUGGACAGAUUCGAUCAUUGCUAAGUGUUAGAAUGGGGAAAGAAGAGGAAAAGCUGAUGAUCCGCGGACUUGGGGACAUAAUGAAUAAUAAAGUCUUCUACCAGCAUCCUAACUUAAUGCGGGCCUUGGGAAUGCACGAGACUGUGAUGGAGGUCAUGGUGAAUGUUCUUGGUGGAGGGGAGUCAAAGGAAAUUGCUUUUCCCAAAAUGGUGGCUAACUGCUGUCGUUUCCUUUGUUACUUCUGUCGUAUAAGCAGGCAGAAUCAGAAAGCUAUGUUUGACCACUUAAGUUACUUACUGGAGAACAGCAGUGUUGGGCUUGCUUCUCCUUCUAUGCGAGGCUCGACCCCACUUGAUGUGGCAGCUGCAUCAGUGAUGGACAAUAACGAACUGGCUCUAGCUUUACGAGAACCUGAUUUAGAAAAAGUUGUACGGUACUUGGCUGGAUGUGGAUUACAAAGCUGUCCUCUUCUGGUGUCAAAGGGAUAUCCAGACAUAGGAUGGAAUCCAGUGGAGGGAGAAAGAUACUUGGACUUUCUUCGGUUUGCUGUGUUCUGUAAUGGAGAAAGUGUUGAAGAGAAUGCUAAUGUAGUGGUCAGACUCCUCAUUCGUCGACCUGAGUGCUUUGGACCAGCAUUGAGAGGAGAAGGAGGAAAUGGUCUUCUUGCAGCGAUGGAGGAAGCCAUCAAAAUUUCUGAAGAUCCUGCCAUGGAUGGGCCUUCACCAACUGUUGAAUCAGUUAGAAGUCUAGACAUGGAAGAAAAAACAGAAGAUGAUACCAUCCACAUGGGAAAUGCGAUCAUGACAUUUUAUGCUGCUUUAAUUGAUCUGCUGGGUCGCUGUGCUCCUGAAAUGCAUUUAAUCAAUGCUGGCAAAGGAGAAGCUAUCAGGAUCCGAGCAAUACUUCGCUCAUUGAUUCCUUUAGAAGACUUGGUGGGAGUUAUUAGCAUUCCAUUCCAGAUGCCAAGAGUUGCUAAAGAUGGUUCUGUAGUUGAGCCAGACAUGUCCGCAGGAUUUUGCCCAGACCACAAAGCAGCCAUGGUUCUUUUCUUGGACAGAGUGUAUGGUAUUGAAGACCAGGAUUUUCUUCUUCACCUCCUAGAAGUCGGCUUUCUUCCAGAUCUUCGUGCUGCUGCUUCCUUAGAUACGGCUGCCCUUAGUGCGACAGACAUGGCCCUAGCACUUAACCGAUAUCUUUGCACUGCUGUGCUGCCUUUGCUUACUAAAUGCGCCCCACUUUUUGCUGGCACUGAACACCAUGCUUCUCUUAUCGAUUCAUUACUUCAUACUGUGUACCGACUGUCUAAAGGAUGCUCUCUUACCAAAGCACAGAGGGACUCAAUAGAGGAAUGCCUGCUUUCUAUUUGUGGUCAGCUGAGGCCUUCUAUGAUGCAGCAUCUGUUGAGGAGACUGGUUUUUGAUGUACCCCUCCUUAAUGAGCAUGCAAAAAUGCCCCUAAAGCUGUUAACAAAUCACUAUGAGAGAUGCUGGAAAUACUACUGCUUGUCUGGUGGCUGGGGGAGCUUUGGCAGUGCCUCAGAAGAAGAGCUCCAUCUGUCUAGGAAACUGUUUUGGGGUAUAUUUGAUGCCCUUUCACAGAAGAAAUAUGAACAAGAGCUGUUCAAGCUGGCCCUUCCUUGUUUGGGUGCGGUUGCAGGAGCUCUACCACCAGACUAUAUGGAGUCAAACUUCGUUGGAAUCAUGGAAAAACAGUCAUCAGUAGAUGCAGAAGGAAACUUCAACCCUCAGCCUGUUGAUUCUUCAAAUACAACUCUUCCUGAGAAACUAGACUAUUUUAUAAACAGAUACGGAGAGUUCUGUCAUGACAAGUGGUGCACAGAUAAGUUUACAAGUGGAUGGGUUUAUGGUGAAACAAGCUGCGAGUUUUCGAAAGUUCAACCACUACUAAAACCAUAUAAAAUGCUGUCAGAAAAGGAGAAAGAAGUGUAUCGGUGGCCAAUCAAGGAGUCAUUGAAAACAAUGCUUGCUUGGGGAUGGAGUAUUGAAAGAACAAGGGAUGGAGAUACUAUGGCUUUGCAUAACAGAACCCGAAGGAUAUCACAGUCAAGUCAAAUCUCUCUUGAUACUGCUCAUGGUUACAGUCCUCGACCCAUUGACAUGAGCAAUGUGACACUUUCCAGAGACCUGCAGGCAAUGGCAGAAAUGCUGGCUGAGAAUUACCAUAACAUAUGGGCUAAGAAGAAGAAAAUAGAACUGGAGGCUAAAGGAGGUGGCAGUCACCCUCUUCUAGUGCCUUAUGAUACACUGACAGCAAAGGAAAAAGCUAAGGAUCGAGAGAAGGCCCAGGAGAUCCUAAAGUUUCUUCAGAUCAGUGGAUAUGCUGUCUCAAGGGGUUCAAAGGAUUUAGAACUGGAUACACCUUCUAUAGAGAAACGAUUUGCAUACAGUUUCCUUCAACAACUCAUACGUUAUGUGGAUGAGGCUCAUCAGUACAUCCUUGAGUAUGAUGGUGUUAACAGAGGAAAGGAAGAACGAUUCCCACAUGAACAAGAAAUUAAGUUCUUUGCUAAGGUUGUUGUCCCGUUGAUUGAUCAAUACUUCAAGAAUCACCGUCUUUACUUUCUGUCAAUUGCAAGUCGGCCUCUUAUCAGUGGAGGGCAUGCAUCUAACAAAGAGAAAGAAAUGGUGACAAGCCUGUUCUGCAAACUUGGAGUUCUUGUCAGACAUAGGAUAUCACUGUUUGGAAAUGAUGCAACUUCAAUUGUCAACUGUCUUCAUAUUCUGGGUCAGACCCUGGAUGCAAGGACUGUGAUGAAGACAGGUCAGGAAUCUGUGAAGACAGCUUUACGGGCAUUCCUUGACAAUGCAGCAGAGGACCUGGAAAAGACAAUGGAAAACCUGAAACAAGGCCAGUUCACCCAUACCAGGUCACAGCCAAAGGGAGUUACCCAGAUCAUUAACUACACUACAGUGGCCCUCUUGCCUGUCCUUUCUUCAUUUUUUGAGCAUAUUGGACAACACCAGUUUGGAGAAGAUUUGAUAUUGGAUGACGUACAAGUGUCUUGCUAUAGAAUACUUAGUAACUUGUAUGCCCUUGGCACUAAUAAAAGCAUCUAUGUAGAAAGGCAGCGCCCUGCAUUAGGUGAAUGUUUGGCUGCCUUUUCUGGUGCCUUCCCAGUGGCUUUUUUGGAAACUGAGCUGAACAAGCACAACUUCUUCUCUGUGUACAACACUAAGAGUGCAAGAGAUAGAACAGCUCUUGGAUUGCCUGCAAGAGUUGAGGACAUUUGCCCAAAUAUCCCUUCUUUGGAGAAGCUGAUGGAUGAUAUCAUGGACUUGGCUGAGUCUGGAAUUCGCUACACUCAGAUGCCACAUGUUAUGGAGGUUAUACUGCCAAUGUUAUGCAGUUAUAUGUCACACUGGUGGGAACAUGGACCAGAGAAUAACCCUGAAAAGGCAGAAAUGUGCUGCACUGCCCUUACAUCAGAGCAUAUGAACACGUUGCUGGGAAAUAUUUUGAAGAUCAUUUAUAACAACUUAGGCAUUGAUGAAGGAGCCUGGAUGAAGAGGUUAGCAGUGUUUUCACAACCUAUUAUAAGUAAAGCUAAGGCACAACUUUUGAAGAGCCAUUUUCUUCCACUAAUGGAGAAGUUAAAGAAGAAGGCAGCUGUGGUAGUGGCAGAUGAGGAACAUUUGAAAGCUGAAGGAAGAGGUGACAUGUCUGAGGCAGAACUUCUCAUUUUAGAUGAAUUUAGUGUCCUUGCUCGUGAUCUGUAUGCAUUCUAUCCACUACUGAUUCGUUUUGUGGAUUAUAACAGGGCAAAGUGGCUGAAGGAACCCUGUCCUGAAGCUGAAGAGCUUUUCCGCAUGGUAGCUGAAGUAUUCAUUUUUUGGGCAAAGUCUCACAACUUCAAGAGGGAAGAACAGAAUUUUGUGGUGCAAAAUGAAAUCAACAACAUGUCCUUUCUGAUCUCGGACACAAAGUCAAAGAUGUCAAAGGCGGCAGUGUCUGACCAAGAAAGGAAGAAGAUGAAGCGAAGGGGAGACCGUUACUCUUUGCAGACUUCCCUCAUUGUAGCUGCACUGAAGAGACUGCUUCCUAUUGGCCUGAACAUGUGUGCACCUGGUGACCAAGAACUAAUAUCUUUAGCUAAGAAUAGAUUCUGUCUGAAAGAUACAGAGGAGGAAGUCAGAGAAAUGAUACGCAGUAAUCUCCAUCUUCAGGGAAAAUUAGAAGAUCCUGCCAUCAGGUGGCAAAUGGCGCUCUACAAAGAUUUGCCAAACAGGACAGAAGAUACUGCAGAUCCAGAGAAGACUGUAGAACGGGUGCUGGGCAUAGCUCAUGUGAUCUUUCACCUGGAACAGGUGGAGCAUCCCCAGAGAUCCAAAAAAGCUGUGUGGCACAAGUUACUGUCCAAGCAAAGAAAACGAGCUGUUGUUGCGUGCUUUAGGAUGGCACCAUUAUACAAUUUACCAAGGCAUCGGGCUGUCAACUUGUUCUUGCAAGGGUAUGCAAAGUCAUGGAUUGAAACAGAGGAGCAUUUCUUCGAAGAUAACCUAAUAGAAGAUUUGGCAAGGCCUGCAGAAAAGCCAGCUGAGGAAGAUGAAACAGCUAGAUUUGAUCCACUGCACCAGCUGAUCUUACUUUUUAGUCGUACUGCUCUUACUGAGAGCUGUAAACUAGAAGAAGAUUAUCUUUACAUGGCUUAUGCUGAUAUUAUGGCAAAGAGUUGUCAUGAUGAAGCAGAUGAUGAUGGAGAGGAUGAAGUUGAAAGCUUUGAAGAAAAAGAAACAGAAAAGCAAAAACUUUUAUAUCAGCAAGCAAGGCUUCAUGAUCGAGGGGCAGCAGAAAUGGUUCUACAGAUGAUUAGUGCUAGCAAAGGUGAGAUGGGUCCAAUGGUGGCAUCAACCCUAAAGCUUGGGAUAGCUAUUUUGAAUGGGGGGAAUUCUACAGUUCAACAGAAAAUGCUUGACUACCUCAAAGACAAAAAAGAUGUGGGCUUCUUUCAGAGUCUUGCUGGUCUCAUGCAGUCUUGCAGUGUUCUAGACCUAAAUGCUUUUGAACGGCAGAACAAAGCAGAAGGCCUUGGCAUGGUGACUGAGGAGGGAUCAGUCAUCACUCAUGAGCGUGGAGAGAAAGUGUUGCAGGAUGACGAGUUCACUUGUGAUCUCUUCCGCUUUCUUCAGCUGCUGUGUGAAGGCCACAACUCAGGUUUUCAGAAUUACCUUCGGACUCAAACAGGCAACAAUACAACUGUUAAUAUUAUUAUAUCUACAGUGGACUACCUACUGAGGGUUCAGGAAUCAAUCAGUGAUUUCUACUGGUACUAUUCUGGAAAGGAUGUCAUCGAUGAGCAGGGGCAGCGAAAUUUUUCUAAGGCCAUUCAAGUGGCAAAACAAGUUUUCAAUACCCUCACAGAGUAUAUUCAGGGCCCAUGCACAGGGAAUCAGCAAAGCCUGGCUCACAGUAGGCUGUGGGAUGCAGUUGUUGGAUUUCUUCACGUCUUUGCCCAUAUGCAGAUGAAACUCUCUCAAGACUCCAGUCAGAUUGAACUGCUGAAGGAGUUAAUGGAUCUUCAGAAGGAUAUGGUAGUCAUGCUCCUGUCUAUGUUAGAGGGAAAUGUGGUAAAUGGAACAAUUGGGAAGCAGAUGGUGGAUAUGUUAGUCGAGUCAUCAAGCAAUGUGGAAAUGAUUCUUAAGUUCUUUGAUAUGUUUCUAAAAUUGAAGGACUUGACAACUUCUGAUGCCUUCAAAGAGCAUGACCCAGAUGGUAAGGGUGUCAUCUCCAAGAGGGAUUUCCAAAAAGCCAUGGAAAGCAAUAAACAUUAUUCCCAGUCUGAAACUGAAUUCUUGCUUUCUUGUGCUGAAACAGAUGAAACUGAGAUGUUAGACUAUGAAGAGUUUGUGAAAAGAUUCCAUGAACCUGCUAAAGACAUUGGUUUCAAUGUUGCAGUCCUGUUAACUAACUUAUCUGAACACAUGCCUCAUGACAACCGAUUGCAGAUGUUCCUUGAACUAGCAGAAAGUGUGCUUAAUUACUUUCAGCCAUAUUUAGGAAGGAUUGAGAUUAUGGGCAGUGCUAAGCGCAUCGAAAGGGUGUAUUUUGAAAUAAGUGAAUCUAGUCGGACACAGUGGGAAAAGCCACAGGUCAAGGAGUCAAAGAGGCAGUUUAUAUUUGAUGUGGUAAAUGAGGGAGGUGAGAAAGAAAAAAUGGAACUCUUUGUGAACUUUUGCGAGGAUACAAUUUUUGAAAUGCAGCUGGCUGCACAGAUUUCUGAGUCUGAUUCCAAUGAGCGGUCUUCCAGUAAAGAAGAGGAGGAAAAGGGCAAGCCUGAAGAUCAAGACCCCAAAAUGGGCUUCUUUUCUGUUACUACCAUCAGGUCAGCUCUUUUGGCACUCAGGUACAACGUUUUAAUUCUUUUGAAGAUGCUCAGUACAAAAAGUCUCAAGAAACAAAUGAAGAAAAUAAAGAAAAUGACAAUGAAGGACUUGUUUAUGGCAUUCAUUUCCUCCUACUGGAGUAUUUUAGUUGGCCUUUCUUAUAUUACAUUCAGUGUCUUCCGGGGUUUCUUCCGUAUCAUGUAUAGCACAUUCCUUGGAGGAAGCCUUGUUGAAGGAGCUAAGAAGAUCAAAGUGGCAGAACUUUUGGCUAACAUGCCAGAUCCAACCCAGGAUGAGGUCCGUGGUGAUGGUGAUGAUACUGAAAAGAAAAAUGCCACAGCCUUGACAAAUGAAGAUCUGACAGAUCUAACAGCUGCAUCAGAUGAUGGAGACCUUUUAACUGAUAUUUUUGGAUUAGACUUGAAACGAGAGGGAGGACAGUAUAAACUUUUACCACAUAAUCCCAAUGCUCCUAUCCCAGAACUAAUGACUACACCUACUUUUCCAUUACCUCUGCCUGAGCUGCGUCAAAGAUUUCAGGGAGAGAAAAUUAAAGAAGAAAGAGAUGUCAAGGAAGACAAUAAAACUGAAAAAGGAGAAGGAGAAGAUGGUAAAAUGUUAGAGAAAUCUAGGAAAGAAGUACCCAGAAAACUGUACAGGCAACAUCAUUUACUGAAAUCAGGGGAACCUGAUGGCCAAGAGUCAGCUUUUUGGAAGAAAAUAAUAGCAUAUCAACGAAAGCUGCUGAACUAUUUUGCACGCAAUUUCUACAACAUGAGGAUGCUGGCACUAUUUGUUGCCUUUGCCAUUAACUUCAUUCUUCUGUUCUAUAAGGUAUCUACAUCAGCUGUGGUUGAGGAAAAGGAAGCCCUCAGCGUCGGCACAGAAAGUGUGGAAGCUAGCUCAAAGUGGACUAGCAUGAGCAGUGGUUUACAUAGGAUUGUGACGGUGCACUAUGUCCUGGAAGAGAGCAGUGGCUACAUGGAGCCAACACUAAGAAUCCUUGCCAUUCUUCACACUGUAAUCUCUUUUUUCUGCAUAAUAGGAUAUUAUUGUCUAAAGGUUCCCUUGGUUAUUUUCAAACGGGAGAAAGAAGUAGCACGGAAGCUAGAAUUUGAUGGACUAUAUAUUACUGAGCAACCAUCAGAAGAUGAUAUCAAAGGGCAGUGGGACCGACUUGUUAUUAACACACAGUCAUUCCCCAACAACUACUGGGACAAAUUUGUGAAAAGAAAGGUUAUGGAUAAAUAUGGAGAAUUUUAUGGCCGGGAUAGAAUAAGUGAACUGUUAGGAAUGGACAAAGCUGCUCUUGAUUUUAGUGAUGCACGAGGAAAGAAACCUAAGAAAGACAGCUCUUUUUCAGCAGUGUUAAACUCUGUUGAUGUGAAGUACCAAAUCUGGAAGCUGGGAGUGGUUUUUACUGACAAUUCUUUCCUGUAUUUGGCUUGGUAUAUGACAAUGUCAGUCCUGGGACAUUACAACAACUUCUUCUUUGCUGCUCACCUGCUAGACAUUGCAAUGGGAUUCAAAACAUUGAGGACCAUUUUAUCAUCAGUGACACACAAUGGUAAACAGCUUGUGUUAACUGUGGGUCUGCUGGCAGUUGUUGUGUACCUUUACACUGUAGUGGCUUUUAAUUUCUUCCGCAAAUUCUACAAUAAAAGCGAGGAUGGAGCAACACCAGACAUGAAAUGUGAUGACAUGCUUACUUGCUACAUGUUUCAUAUGUAUGUUGGUGUCCGUGCUGGAGGUGGAAUAGGUGAUGAGAUUGAAGAUCCAGCUGGCGAUGAAUAUGAAAUUUAUCGAAUUAUUUUUGACAUAACUUUCUUCUUCUUCGUAAUUGUCAUCCUGCUGGCCAUCAUCCAAGGUUUAAUCAUUGAUGCAUUUGGAGAGUUACGAGACCAGCAAGAACAAGUGAAAGAAGAUAUGGAGACCAAGUGCUUCAUUUGUGGGAUUGGCAAUGAUUACUUUGAUACUGUGCCGCAUGGGUUUGAAACACACACCUUGCAGGAGCACAACUUGGCAAACUACCUGUUUUUCCUGAUGUACCUUAUUAAUAAGGAUGAGACAGAACAUACUGGACAGGAGUCUUAUGUUUGGAAAAUGUAUCAAGAGCGUUGCUGGGAAUUUUUUCCUGCUGGAGACUGUUUCAGGAAACAGUAUGAAGACCAGCUCAACUAAAUAAGGGCUAAUUAGUUCUCUUGCAUACCAUCUUUCAACUUCCCUUGGAAUGCUACUUUAACUUUAUGAAUCACCCAAAUAGAAGAUGUGACUUUGAUGCAUCUGAUCUACAUUUUGAUGGUUCCACCUUUCUUCUUUACAUCUGCUUUGAAAGGCAAACAGACAGUAAAACCUUUGGGCUUCUAACUGUUUUCAGAAGCUUACAAAGGAAAUGCUUCAUCAUGAGAGCACGUGUGAGAAGAAGAGAUAACCACAGUCAUCAAAUAGAUUUAUUUCUUCAUCAAGGAAGGGGGCUGUUUGGUUCACAGCAGGCUGCAGUGGUCAACUCUGGACUUUGGUUUGUGAUGAGUAAAUAGUGCCUUACUGUGUGUGGGUUGAGCUAUGCAAGUGGAGAAAGCUGAGUGCAUGUGACUUCAUUUCUAAGUUAUUUAUUUAUUUUGGUUUGGACAUGGACAUGUUUAACUUUGUUGUGUCUCAGGACAACAGUAGGGCAUUCAUAUUAAGCUGAAUCCACAUUCACUGGCUUUAUAGCUACUUUUAUUUUGGCAACGCUCUGAUGCAAUACAGCACCAAUUCAGAUCUUUGUAUGAAAACAAGAUUAGAAAACUAUGAAAUAUUUCAUUGCAUGUUUAUUAUGCAAGUUUCAACAAAAAAAGAUUUCUGAUGCAAGUUGAUCAACGUGACAAAAUGUUUUCAAAGUUUACAACUAUCUCUAUAGUAAUAAAGUGUUGUGAGCUUUAUUGUUCAUUUGAAACCAGUGUCAUGAGCCAAGAAUGCAUUUGUCAUGAAUCUACUUGUAGUCUGUGAAUUUUGCCAUUUAUGGCAAAUAUUGGAGCUACAGAUUACCUGCUGGGUCAUUUUGACUGAAGCUGAAGCAAUAUCCAUUCAGGGACCUCAUCGGACACCAUUGUAAAGCAAUGAUGAUGUGCACAACUACUUCACAUGGAGUGGUUUUCAAAUGUAAUGGCGGUCUUUGCAAAUAAAACAAGUUCCAGACUAA